AGCGUCACGUGACCGCAGUCUCGGCUGGGCUCUGGCCUCCGUGAAUCCUGUCCGGCCCCGGAGUUGCGGCGGCUCUCGCUUCUCCGUCUACGGCCCACCCGAUGGAGGAGGAGGAUGAGGAAGCGCGGGGGCUUCUGGCAAACGGCCCAGACGAGACUGGUAGAGAUACCCCCGCCGCCCUCGCUGCCCCCGAGACGCUGCCGGCCCUCUGCGACCCGAGUCGUCUGGCGCACCGGCUUUUGGUGCUGUUGCUGAUGUGCUUCCUUGGCUUUGGCAGCUAUUUUUGCUAUGAUAAUCCUGCCGCCCUUCAGACUCAGGUUAAACGGGAUAUGCAGGUGAAUACCACGAAAUUCAUGCUGCUGUAUGCCUGGUAUUCUUGGCCCAAUGUAGUUUUGUGUUUCUUUGGUGGCUUUUUGAUAGACCGAGUGUUUGGAAUACGAUGGGGCACCAUUAUUUUUAGCUGCUUUAUUUGCAUUGGACAGGUUGUUUUUGCUCUGGGUGGAAUAUUUAAUGCUUAUUGGCUGAUGGAAUUUGGAAGGUUUGUGUUUGGGAUUGGUGGGGAGUCCUUGGCAGUUGCUCAGAAUACAUAUGCUGUGAGUUGGUUUAAAGGCAAAGAAUUAAACCUGGUGUUUGGACUACAACUUAGCAUGGCUAGAGUUGGAAGUACAGUGAACAUGAACCUCAUGGGAUGGCUGUAUUCUAAGGUUGAAGCUUUGGGUUCUGCUGGUCACACAACCCUUGGAAUCACACUUAUGAUUGGGGCUAUAACAUGUAUUCUUUCACUAAUUUGUGCCUUGGCCCUUGCUUACUUGGAUCAGAGAGCAGAAAGAAUUCUUCAUAAAGAACAAGGAAAAACAGGUGAAGUUAUUAAGUUAACUGACGUGAAGGACUUCUCCUUACCCCUGUGGCUCAUAUUUAUCAUCUGUGUCUGCUAUUAUGUGGCUGUGUUCCCCUUUAUUGGGCUUGGGAAAGUUUUCUUUACAGAGAAAUUUGGAUUUUCUUCUCAGGCAGCAGGUGCUAUCAACAGUGUUGUAUAUGUCAUAUCAGCUCCCAUGUCUCCAAUAUUUGGUCUCCUGGUGGAUAAAACAGGGAAGAACAUCAUAUGGGUCCUGUGUGCAGUGGUGACCACUCUUGCUUCGCAUAUGCUGCUGGCCUUUACACUGUGGAAUCCUUGGAUUGCUAUGUGUCUCCUGGGACUCUCCUAUUCGUUGCUUGCCUGUGCAUUGUGGCCGAUGGUGGCAUUUGUAGUUCCUGAACAUCAACUGGGAACUGCAUAUGGCUUCAUGCAGUCCAUUCAGAACCUUGGGUUGGCAAUCAGUUCCAUCAUUGCUGGCAUGAUACUGGAUACUCGGGGAUAUUUGUUUUUGGAAGUUUUCUUCAUUGCCUGUGUUUCUUUGUCACUUUUAGCUGUGGUCUUCCUCUAUUUGGUGAAUCGUGCCCAAGGUGGGAACCUAAAUUAUUCUGCAAGACAAAGGGAAGAAAUAAAAGUUUCCCAUUCUGAAUGAGAAGUUUAAAUGACUGUGUCAUGAGAAUGGGCUGCACACAUCAUUGUAUGAAAACCUCCAUUUUUUUCGAUUUUUUUUUUUUUUUAAAUUUAGAGUUUAGUCAUUAGGAAAAAUAAUGUUCUGGAAAGUUAUAUUUAUAUUUCAAAUACUCCUAUUUCAGAGUAUAUUUGUGAGGACUGUUUCAUUCUCUGUCUUCUGUGUGUUGCUGAAGAAGUCUACUUUGGAAUAGGCUAAUCAACAGUGACGUUCAGCAGAUUCCUUGGGAACGUGCGGGUGAACUUCAGUGAGGACAGGAAAUAAUGGAAAUCAUUGUAUCUCGUAUUGAGAUCAUUUUCACAAAGACCUUAGGGAUGUGGCCUUUUCUUUACCUUAAAGCAAAAAAAUGAAAAAAGCUUUUGAAGGGGGUAGAAGGGGUGUUUUAUACAGAAUAAACUGGCAUUUUAAUAGGCAUUCCCUUUUGUAUUAUAAUAGGGAAUAUUUGAGAGAUAUUUUUAUGAAGUCCCUGCAUUUUCACAAGCAGCAGCUUGUGUUCUGCUCUCUUUAGUUAUGAGAGGUUGCUGGGCAGGGACCCUUUGGAGCUUCUUUCUCUCUCAGUGACUGAGCAUCUUAAUCACUUAUGGACUUAUCACUUUUCACUUAAUCACUUAUCACUUUUGUGGUACAAACUUUCUGUGCAGAUUUUUUUAUAGUUAAUUACUAAAAAAAUGUCCGUUACAUUAUGAUAAUUGCUUAUCUACCUGGAUAAAUAAAGACUCAAAGGAAUACUUGACAUCUUCUAAGUUUUGAUUUUUAAAAUGUCUUAAAACACUGAUUUUUAACUCUUAUUUAUAUGGAAGUUUAUAAGAAAAUCUGUUUUGGCAUAAAGAAAAUUUGCCUAAUUAGAGUCAUUGAAAGAUUGUGGGAUUAGCUUUUUCUCCAGAGUAGGUCCUUAAUGAAACAUUUAUGUUUCUCACCUUAAAUAAAAUAAUGCAUAUGAAAUUUCUCCAACAGACUUAAACACUUUUCAAUUGACUCGAUCGUACCAUAUUAAAGUAAAGGAAUUUUUCAUGUGUUUUGCUCUCUGUAGGCAUGCAGAUAUUUUAGACAACAACUAUUAAACUAAAGAAUUUAGCUGAUUACAUUGUUUAAAGUACGUGACAUAACGUGUGCUUAAAAGUUCUGGAACAGAUUGAAAGUGCAUUCCUUAUUCGGGGUAAAUUUAUUUACAUCCUUUUUUCUGAUUUACAGUUUAUUGUGUCAUUAUUCAGUUGUUAGUUCUUUAGGCUUUGGCUGCCUUGUGACUGUUCUAGCCCAUAUUAUUGAUUGUUGGACUCACCAGUUGGGGAGAGUGCAGGAAGGUGACAGCUGCUGCUGCUGGAGGACUUGUGUGGUCUGGCCCCUGCCUCCAUCUUUCUACUCCUCUGCCCCAGCCACAGGGAGCUGCUUCCAUUUUUUCAAAUGGGUCAUGUUUCUUCCUUUCUUGGGCGCUUUGUCCAUGCUGCUCCCUUUGCUUAGAAUAUUUUUCCGGGAUUCUCUAAAACCUGGUUUCACCUAAUUUCUGUCAGGAAACCUUAGCCCCAGCUCAGAAGCGUUAUUCCUAUGGAAACUCUUCCAGACCCUUCAGGCUGUAUCAGGUUCUUCCUAAAUUCCUGUGACUUUUGAAAAACCCUGUACUUUUCCUUCUUAGCUUACCUCAGCUUGUAAUGAAUAAUUUGUGACGUUGUGGGUUUCCAUCUCUUCCUUUAGAUUGUGAGCUCCUCGAGGGCAAGGACUGUGUCUGUUAUAUUAAUAGUGACUCUGCUGGUAGUGACCAGCACAAAGUAGGCACAAAAUAUUUUUUGAAUGAUGCUUAAAUAAAAAGGAAAGUAAAUUGGAAUAACUUUUUGAAGGAUAAAUUGGUAAUACAAAAAAAAGACCUAAAAGGGGUAUAGUGGUGGGCUUGCAUGUCUUUUGACUUAGAAGUUCCAUUUCUGAUAAUUUAUUGUAAGGGACCCAUCAGGCACACAUACUUGUAAAUAUAUAUUAAGGGGGUAUGUUCAUUGCAAGACUGCUUAUAAUAGCCUAAAAUAGGAAACCACCCAUGUUUAUCAGAAUAGGGGAUUUGUUAAGCACAUCGUAUCAUAUGUACAAAGUGAAAUACUAAGCAGUCAUGAAAUGGUUUCAUUAGAGAGCGUACUGACAUGGAAUGAUGGCAUUAUCAUGUGGAAGAUUCAGAGUGCUGCUGUUGUAAAACAAACAUGUUUGAAGGAUGUGUCCAUGAAUGUUUCUGGGUGAUGA